UAAGCGGUCCUGACAUUUUUAUUGGAGGCCAUGUUGAAAAUUUGAGAGAGAGAUUGAAAAAGCGACGAAAUUUUUCUUUUUGUUGGGGUAUGAAAAGUAAUUGAUUUAAAAAAAUAUUUUUUGAUUAGGUAAAAAUUGAAAAUGGGAUCAGAUUUCAUAGGAAGUAUUGUGUCUCUGGAUUGUGGUGAUCCCCUUGGGACCUACCAGGGUCAGUUGAAGUCUGUCAAUAAUAGAGCACAAACACUCACUAUAUUUAAAGCUUACAGAAAUGGACUGAAGUGUGAGGUACAGAAUAUUACUCUCAAUGCUUCAGACAUCAAAGAGCUUAAAAUUCUGCAGUCACCUACUGAGGCUGUAGCUAUUGUAUCGAAAGAGGCUACACCCUCUAAACUUUCCCCUGAAAACAGUGAUGGGGAGGGAUGUCCAUCCCCAGUCAAGGUGUGUGAGCUUCCUUACACCAACGGACACAGUGGUCAAAAUGGCUACACUCAGCGGCCUGGUUCAGCCAGGGACGUUAAUAGUAAUUGUUAUAAAAACUAUAGUAGUGGUGGUAGAUAUAGUCCAAGGUACUGUCAGCAAGCCAAUGGGGCUAGUCAGAGACAUUCACCAAGUGCACUGACUAAUGGUAAUGGCUACACUAAUGGACAGACAGGAGGACACAGGUACACUCCAACAAAUGAGGGUAGAAAUGUACGUUUUACACCAACCAAGGAAGAUUCCCAGAUGAGGCCUAGGAGGAAUUCUGCUUCAGAUGUCCGCAAAAAGUCCACCACACCAAGGAAAAUUGAGGGUCGCAAUAACAAGAAGCAAGGGAUGUCGAGGGAAGACUGUUUUAGCUGUCCCAGUGACUCAGUGCUACAGGAAUUUGACUUUGAGUCUAAUCUGGCUCUAUUUGAUAAGAAGGCUGUGUUUGAGGAGAUAGAGAACACACAGCCAAAGACUGUGAACCUAUCGGAACCCAAGAAGCCACUUAAAUAUAGAUGUGAUGAGAAUGUUCUUGCAUCAGAACCAGUAGUGCUACAACAGAUUAAAGUGCCCACAGGUCACAGCAACGCCAAACAGUUUGUUACUGAUGAAGGGUUGGUGGUACCUAGUAUCUCCUAUGAAUUGAGAAGUCGUCUUUUUGCGACGGCAGAGAAAUAUGGAUUUAAGACAGACCGUCAAGUAGAGAUGGUAGGACGUUCUGCUAGUGAGAUGGUACUUCAGUUGCUUGGUGGGUCUACCAGGUUAAACCCUAAGAAUGGUCAUCAGCUUCCCACUGUGGUAGUGCUGUGUGGUCCUCACAUCCAGGGUGCCCAGGGAGUUAGCUGUGCCCGCCAGUUAUCCAAUCACAACGUUAAGGUACAUCUAUUUGUACCCAGCUGUGUCCAGAUGAUCCGUGCCAUGGAGGAUGAAUUGUCGCUAUUCGCCUUGUGCGAUGCCAAAAGGACCUCUAGUCCUUCAGAUCUUCCAGUUGGUUCUGUAGAUAUGAUAAUCAAUGCCAUGGACAGCCACGAACAGACCAGCCUGCGGGAUCAGGCCUGGUACAAACUACUUGAAUGUUGGGUGGGACAGAACAGGGCGCCGGUGCUGGCACUGGACCCGCCUGUCAACUGUGGCGCCGUCACCUUUAAGUGGUGUCUCAGCAUUUCACUCCCACUCCCUUUACUUGGAAACUGUGCUCAGGUCUACCUCUGCGACCUUGGAUUUCCAAAGAAAGUCUUCAAUGAAGUCGGAAUUCGCUACAUCUCACCAUUCAGCCACAAAUUUGUCGUCCCACUACACCUCAGGUCAUAAGGUUGAAUGUGUCCGGCCAUAAGGUUUAGAAAUGGAUUCAGUGUUUUUUUAAUGUGUCUACAUUUUGACAUAUGACAGAUAUCGUUGAAAUAAUGGGGAAUAAUGUAGCUAUGUUUGGCUUAAUACUUGCCAUGAACUGUCAGUAUUCCGAUUUGAAGUUCUAAUACAGUGGCUAAACAUUUUGUCAAGAAGUUAAAUUUAUAUGAAACACGGAAUUCAAAACAGAAUUGCAUUUAAUGUAAAAUAAAUAAAAAAAGUAUUUCGCAAUUUCAGAUCUGAAAAAAAAAAAAUUUCAAUUAAUUCAAAAUGAAAUCAAAAUGCUUGAAACUUCUGAUAACUAAUUGACAUAAUAGAGAGUCGUGAUAUUAACCUUCUCUUAUAGAGACAACUUUGUAGAAUGGAUGACUUUUUGCAACAAAAAGAGGAGAUGUGAUAUUUUUACCAAGAAACUGUAUAGACUUGGGUUUUGUCACUGAAGUGCAUGUUGUGUAGAUCAUGACGGGUGUGGUGGAACAUAUCAAAAGUACUGAAAGUUUUCAUCCCUACAUUGCAUAAUCUGUUGAACUCAUAUCAAAAGGAAGUUAAGUCCAUUUGCUAAAGGUAGGGAUAAAUGGUAUGUGGCUGAGUGCGAUAUGACAAUUGUAAGCCUUCUCAUCCCCUAAUGAUUUUAUUUUUUCUGACCUAAAUUCCAUUCAAGCCAUCUAUGUUGGGCUCGAAUUAAAAAGGUAGUAGAGCCUAUUUUUUGGAUUGUUUGGUAAUAAGGUGUUUAUUUUUGUUCCAUGUGUAAUGUUUGAAAAGACAAUGAAUUGAUCUCACAGAUUUCAUUGGAGAAUGUGCAAUACAUCAUGUUGUUUUAUCAUGGAGUGAGAACAAUUGCAGCCCGAUACCUAUGUGUUGGGCUAAAGGCAGCUUCCAAUAACGAAGAGACCAUUCUUGGUCCAUAAUGCAGAUGAUGACAUUCAUUGAUAAUAUAUCUCUAUAUGACCUGAAUUUCAUUUGUUAAAUAGCCAUAAGUCAUUUUAAUUAUUCAGGAUGAUUUUAAUAAGAAGAUUCCCCUGCGAAGUGGAAGGAAGAAAUCAAGUUCCUGUUUCCUCAAAACUAGUGAUUAGACUGAUCUGGAGAGAACAGUAAUCAGGUGCUAAAGCACACCUUCAGUUCAUUUGAUAUUGAUUAGAUUUUAUUUUCUUGAUAUUUCUGCAUGAAUACCACUCUGAUUCAUGUAUCAUUAAAAUCUGUUAUCCAGUGUUAGGGAUUUUCUGUGAUUUGAGGAAAAAUUGUGAUUUAAAAUUUUGAUGGUUUUAAUGAUAAUGUUCAAUUGUCAACCUGAAUUGUUCAGCUUAUUGUGAAUACUGAUUAAGUAAGGUGUCGACGUAUCUGGUCAUUUUUGUAUUCUAUUACAGUGUCAGUUCUAAAUAAUUACUUUUAAGUUGUCAUAAUUUUAAAAUUGGAUUAUAGGGUUGCAUAUUGAAAGACUGUUCCAAUUUUUAGAAGGCCAAUUUUACCAAAUUGAUAAGUAUAGGAACUGCUCAGGUAUUUAAAAUAUUCACGUCUGUUUCUUAAACAGAAUUAAAGACAUAGAUAUUAAAUGAUUAGAGAUACAGACAGUACUGCAUCGAUCCAAUUCAAGAUGUUUUCACUACUUGAUCAAGUCGAAGACAUGUUUAUGGAAAAAUAUGUAGAUAUUAUUGUGUUGAAAAGCAACAUUGUAUAUUAGGAUAUGAUAGGUUUAUGGGGACAUUUGAAAACAGCAAAGAAAUUCAAAGGUUGGUUAAACAUUCUUUGAAACAAUUUUAAACAACGGAAGUGUAGAGACACAAAAUAGUGUUAAAAUGAAUAGGAUUUUAAUGUUAAAUGUUCUGUGAUAAAAUUUACCUUGAUGCUUUGUGAAUAUAUUAAAUGUGUUCCAAUAUGUACACUUUGAAUAUGCCAUUGUUGAGGGAAGUGCUUCAUGAAUAGAAAGAAACUGCCAAAUAUCACCCAUUGUUAAAAUUCUUUCAUCCAGUGAUUUCUUAUAAAAUGACCUUUAGCUUGUUUUCAUUAAGUCAAGCUCAACUUGACGGUCUUACUUGGAUGAACAGAUUAAAUCAAUAUUACAUCAUGCUUGUACAAAUUGUUCUGUAUUUUACCAAUGUAAUUCCAGUUAAUAAGAGGAAGGGGAACUGUUUUUUUGUAAAUAAUGUCCAAUUUUGUUGAAAAUUACUGUAGUAUUUUCUUUUGAAAUGUUCACCCACAUUAAAUUUUUUUUUUUUGUAAAUAUUCACACCAUGUCAAAAUAUAGCAAAGUAAUUUGUACAGAUGUUGCUUAAAAUAGUGUAUAUAGUAUUUUGGUUCACGUAAUAUCCCCUUAUAUUGUGACAACACAUCAUUGACUAUUUUUUUCAUUUUCUUUAUAUUAUAUCCAUUCAGUAAGUGUUAGUUACAAGACAACACUUCAUAUAGGAGUAGAUUUCAACCAGUCUUACUCUACUCGCUGUAUACAUAUGAUAUAUUCAAGAAGUGAGCAAACAAAACAGUAUCUACAAAUUUGUGAAUAUUUCAUGAGUCAAGUUCCUUAAUAUACCUAAACCAGGAAUUACUUAAUCGGUUUCAAGUUUUUUCGUAAAAAAUGUGUUGUUUUAAGAAUAUUGCAGUAUAGGUUUCAAUUUUAUUCCAUCCUCAAGUUUCUUUGAUAAAAGAAAUUAUCAUGAAACAAAUGUAAUUUUUUCUUAGUAAUGAUUGUGUAACUCAUGAUCAGUAUUCAGAGUAAAAAUAGGGAUUUCCUUCAUUUGAAUUUUUGUUAUUAACACCUUUUCCCAGUCAGAAUUGGAAUAUAGGGCAAUAAUGUUUUAAAUUAGUAUCAUUAUGAUUCCCACUUAUAGAUGUAUUAUUCAAUUCAGCAGCAUACUUGUCACAAUUAACUGUUUUCACAAGGAAAAAAAUUGUCAGAUAAGACUAGAAAGCCUAUUUUUCUAAAAUUUGAAAGAGGUUUAUUUGUUCCAUGUUAAUCCUAGUCGUAAUUGUCCGAAUACAUUAUGUAUAGGGCUGUACAAAGUUUGUACAUAGUUUCCUAUUUUGUUUGUAUAUAAACUCCUAGUCUAGGACAUCUUUAAGCAUUGGUUACAUCUUAUGAAUCAACAUAUAUGCCAGGUAUUUUAAGAUGAUCAGGUAUUUUGUAUUGGGAAUUUAUAGGUGAGGCACCAGGAUCACCAGGAUCACUUGUAUUGUAAUUUCACCUGUACAAAAUGCUAAGAGAAUAUAUAAUUUGUGGUUUGCAUUCUCACCUUCUUUUGAUAGUGGUUGAGUGACUGUAUUCAGACACUAGAAUAUGGUUGACUUAUUACCGUUGGGAGUGUAACCAUGUUGGUUUUUGUCUGUUCACUGUAUUAUGAAUUUUUUUUCUUUAUUUGUACUGCAUCUUGCUUUUAGUGGACAACCCUGUUUUCAUUACGGAUGUCAUAUUGUUUUUGUACAUUGUUUUAAACCAAUCAUUCACCCGAAUCUCCUUUAUCCUAGGAAUCAUAGGCUAACUACAAUGAAGGGAUUGAUUCCGUUCAUGGAUUUUGAUUUGAACUUUUUCUUUUGUCUCUGAUGAUUUCAAAGCCGACUCCAAUAUUAAAAUUUGGAUAUGGAUUUGGUUUGUCUCCAGUAUUGUCAAAUGCUAUUUAUUCUUUUGUUAUCAUGUUUAAUAUAUUCUUGAUCUCCAUGAUAGGGAAUGAAUCCUGGCUGCUGUUGUAUAGUAGGAAACCUGUUAAAUAGAUGUUUCAUGUUCAAUGUCCGUUUUCAUUUCCAUCACAAAUCUGUACAAUUCAUGAGUGUCUCAGGGCAGAAAAAAAUGUGAGAGAAAGGAAAUAUUCAAAUUAUCUAUAUUUAAAUUGUGCAGUAUGUAUUAUAUUGUUGCUUGUAAUAGAAAUUUGCAAUUAAUAUUGACUAUUUUGAUGAUCAAUGUCAGAAAAUCCAACAUCAGUGCUUUGUACUGAUUAAACACAAAUGUACAGUAUAUUCAGUGAUAAAUUCAGAAAUCUGCAAUAAAUUAAUAAGCAAUUCAGAAGUAGGUAUCAGAUGUAAGUUAAGAUGGGACUUAACCUUGUUCCAUCACUCUAUUUGUAAUGGUGAAUAUAAAUCUUAUCCAUACAAUCUACUGACAGCCUUCAAGACUUAAGGAUUAUAUUCCUAUAUCAGUAUUAGAAAGACAAGAUACUGUUUAAGGGUAACAUUGAUAAAGUCCCUUCUUAACAAUCUCAAAAUUUCAUUCACAUAGGAAAUUAUAAUAUACCAAGACCAUGUAUGUAAUAUGAUAUUCAAUAUAACCAUGCGAAGCUGGCAUGUAAAAUACAGAAGCUAUAUAUGUGUGGUAGAGUAGAAUGAGAGGUUAUAACAAUGUUUGUGGUAAUUAUGUUAAGUGUGGGUAGCCUCAGCUAUACUUCAGGGUAUAUAUAUAUUAUCUCCACACCUAUCUGAUAUAGAAUUCUAAAUCAUUUUGCUAUCAAACCUACUACUGUAAAUUCAACCUAUUAAUCUGUUGGGGACAAACUUUAAUUAAUAAUUCAUAUUAUUUUAUUAUUUUAAAGUAAUUCCAAAGAGAACAGAUGUGAUGAAAUAUGUUGGACUUUCAUUAUUUGCUUUGUAUAAAAGUGUAGGUUUUGUUUUCAUAGAAAUUAUGAUUAUUUGGAAACUAUUAUGCUGCUGGAAAGAAACAAUUAUCAAAAUCAAAGACUCAGCGUUAUAGCCUGGAACAGGCAUGUUUUAAAAUCACUGUAAUGGGUGUGACCCCUAUAUAUGUCUUUGUACUUUGAUGAACAUAUUGCACUAUGACUGAAUCAUCUAUGUAUCGGGUAGAAAAAUUAAUCAGCAUGACUAGUCAAUCUUUUGGUCAAAAUUUUCUUUUUCAUUUCUCCAUAAAAAAUGUUUUUGUUGUUGGGUUGGCCAUGCUUUUUUCCUGGUGCAUAUUAAUUAGGAUAUUGUUUUGUCCCUAUCUGUACAGAAAACUUGAAUUACUAUCAACUAUCUUAGAAACUCAUUAAUAUACAAUAAUUAGCUGCUAGAACAGAAUUGUUAUUAUAACAAUGUUACAUAAUGUGACAUUGCUAGACAGCAUUCUUGCAUCAGAUCUUGGCCAGUGUUUAACAAAUUUAUCAUUUCUAAUCAUUUCAUCCUGGAAACUAAAUCCACGAUUACCAUCCAUCAACCUAUAUAGCUAUGUUCCAUGUUUUUAAGAUCUAAACUUCUAAUGUUCAAUUAAAAUCUAGAUUUAUUUUAAAGGGUUUAAGGAAAUUGUUCAUCAAUUUAUGUAUAUAUUGGCUUGAAAAACUAAUAUUGUUAUAUAUGUAUACUAAGUGAUAUUUGUCUCGAAAUAUCAUUUAAUAUGUUUUGUUUAUUAUGUGUCAGUCAACUCAUGUAAUAUGUGCAUAUUUUUGGUGCUCCUAUAGAUUGUAACUACGUACAUGCAGCGUCCUCCAUUGUAAUUCCAUUAACACCCAUAGCAAUUAAGACACCAUAUAUAUACUAAUUAUGGAGAUAGAAUCAACCAUUUUGUGCCAAAUAUUUUUUCAUUUAAUAUCACACAAAAAAUCACAAAAAUAUGUAUAUCUUUUGUCAAGAUAUACACUCCUAGUAACUGCUCAAACUGAGACAUAAAAUCUUCUUUUUUGCUGCUUUUAAAUUUUGUUUUAACAAAUGCUACUGGAAAUCAAACUGGUAAAUUUGUUUUUAAUUCUACUGAGGUAUAAUGAUAAUUAUAUAAAUUUGUUUGUGUUGAUGACUUUCAUGGUUGAACAGGGUGUACUCAUAACUUAAUGUUUCACCCACAUGUAAGUACAUACAAUGCUCUAUUUCAGAUUGAGUCUCUAAGCUUUCGGUUAACAACACCACUUAAUCAAUUAUGUAGUUUUACCCAAUUUGGUCAAAUAUCAGAAAAAUUGUAUGACAAUCUGGUUGUGUCGACAUAAACUCAAAGUUGAAUAACAAUAUAUUGACUGAUGUCUUUAUCACCAUAUCCACUUUGUGAUAUCAGCAUAUCCACUGUAUGUGAUAUCGGCAUCACCACUGUAUGUGAUAUCAGCAUAUCCACUGUAUGUGAUAUCGGCAUCACCACUAUGUGAAUAUGAGCGUAUUCACAUAAAUUAAAUGCAUUCCAUAUCUUUAUUGUUAAAUUACAUUAAAAACCAAGCAAAACCAAAGAGUGCUAAUGUAACAUGAUACAGUUGGCUGUUGUUUCCUGUGGUUUAAUUGGCUGGUUAUAUUUGUUUUCAGAUUAUAUAUCAUAACUAGAGUUUUCCUUGAAUUUCUGCCUUAUGAGUCCAUGUCGUGUAUAUGUGUCAUGCUGUUUGAUUGGUUGACUGCUCUUAAAUGUGUUGUUUGAUUGGUUGUUUGGUUUUAAAUGAUUGAUAUUUGAUUGAUCCUAUGUAUAAUAUAUAGCAUACUCACGCUAUUUGAUUAACGUUCAAAGUCUUAGAUUUUACAUAGGUCUGCUGACAUAUUCCUGUGGAAAAGGGGACUAAAUAAUGCCAGUCUAGUCGUGUCCAGUGUACAUGUGGUUGUGUAAGGGUACAGUGUCGCCUUGUAUAAAACUUUGGCAGUAUAUAGCUCACUUCACUCUCAAGGUCAAGUCAUUGUGUACCGUUAUUAAUGUUUUCAUUUUUUUUCUUGUGUACAAUGCUGUUGUUUGUAAAAUUCCAAUAGAAAUGUGCCAUCUCAUUACCAUUAUCUAAUUAACAGUUUUAUCAUGCUCCAGAAAAUCUGCUUUGUGUGUGGUAUAGAUUUUGAUAUUAUUUUUGGAUCAGACUUUGAUAACAUUGACCUUAACAAUAUCUAUGGUACAGAUUCCCAGUUAGUAAUAUUAAACUCAAAAAACUAAAUCUUUUGACUGAUUAUAUGGCAAAAGUAACUAAUGUAAAAUAUGUUCCAGUUCAUGAAUUUAUUUUCCAUGUUGGUGUAUGUCAAUCACCAUGAGAUUCCUUUGAGAAAAUUUGUGAAUUAAUUUUUAUUUUCACACAGUCUUUGAUAUGAUGUAAUAUGAUGAUUAUUGAAGUCGAUAGAUUAUAGGUAGUAUUGUAGGAACAUGUUUCCACUGUAAUUGUUCUUCCAUAAAUUCUUAUCAUUGAGGACUGUCAUGUCGGUUUGUCAAGAUACUGUUUUUUGUUAUAAUUUGUAUACAUGUUUCCUGAAGACGCAUAAAUAAUAUGAACAUAUUUACAGAUUUUAAGGAUUUAGUUAAAGCUGAUGACAAUGAUUGUAAGUAAUGAGUGAUGACUGUAUGUCAUGUUUAGAGAUCCUUCAGAGGUAGGAUUCAUCAGUUACGGAAGAUGAAUCCUAAUAGGGAAGGGAGACUACAAAGGCAAAGGAUCCAGGGGAGGGUUCAUUGUUGAGCAGAGGUAUGCAGGGGAGAGAUGAUUGUGAAAAUAUGAGGUUCAGGGGAGGGUUAAUUGUUUGGCAGAGGAGUCCAGGAAGGAGAUGAUUGUGAAAUUAUGCGAUCGAGGCGAGGAUUCAUUGUUUGAAACCAGGGAAGAGAUUAUUGUGAAAGUGAAACUGGGAUCCAGGGGAGGGUUCAUUGAAGAGCCAAGGAAUUCAUGGGAGAGAUGAUUGGGAAACUUUAAGAUCCAGAGGAGGGUUCAUUGCAGAGCUGAGACUGAAUUAUUGAGGGGAGGGGUUGUUAUAUAAAUAUGUGUUAAGGUUCCAGGGGAGGGUUCAUUGUGGAGCUGAGGGAUCCAGGGGGAGGGGAUAUAAUGGCACUGGAUUCUAGGUGAGAGGUCAUUGCAGAGCUAUUCAGGGAUCCAGGGAAGGGUAAUUUUUGAGGUAAGAGUUUCAAGGGGAGGGAUCAUUUUGGAGUUAUCAAGGAAUCCAUUGCUGUUGAGGGAUUCAAGGGAGGUGUCUUUGUGGCACUAGGGAUUUGAGGGGAAGGAUCAUUAUGGAUCUAGGAAUUCAGUUAUGAGGGGUUAUUGUGGAGCUAAAGAAUACCAAGGAGUGGUCAUUGUGGAGCUGAAGAAUCCAGGGAAGGGUUCUUAGGGAUUCAGUUAGUGAUCAGAUGUAUACAUAAGCAGUUGGGAGAAAUGAUAAUUUUGGAACCCAUUAUGCAUAUGGAUACUUGACCUCAGGAUGGGUAGGGCUUGUAUUACCUAACAUGGGUUUGGUAAAUAAUGAGAAAUUGGGCUUCAGUACAUUUGUAGUUUGGUUCUUGCUUGGUACUGUUAGUCAGAAAAGGAGGUGUCUGAUAUGGGCAGGUCGUCAAUAUUGUUGAGUUGUCAUGGUAAACAGUGUUUAGUUAUGUUGUGGUAUUUAUAAACAUUUGGCCUGUUCCAUCAAUAGUUGGCAUUAAAAGUAUCAGGAUUAUACUGCAAUUGGUAGACACCAAACUAGAUAGAUGAAAAUCCAAGUCUGGUUUUGGGACAGUUUCCUUCGGAUACUUGUAUGCUGAUCUUUACCGAUACCAAUUAUGUUAGAGAUGUCUAUGAUGAAAGUUGUAUACUGUCUACAUCCCAGAUUUAAAAUGAAAUUCAGCUUGGUUUCAUAAUCAUGAACAUCAUUCCAGCAAAAUAUAAACUGGACUUAUUUGUAUGAAAUACCAUAGCACUACAAAAAUUGUCUCUUAACAUAUUAUGUACUUUUGUUUGUGUUUGGAAAUGAUGCAAUAUGGUUAGCAAUAUAUUUCCACUUCCAGCCAAUUUUGUCGGAGAGGUUAGGAAGUUGGAUGUAAUGGUAUAUAUGGUUAAGUUGUAGUAUCAUUAAAGUAGCCCUUAAAGAGCAGGUGGUUUUUAAUGUCGGUAACAUAUCAUAGUUUUAUAUAUCUAGCUGUGGUUAUGUAAUUCUCUUGUUCAGAAAGCCACCAAGCUGACCUAUAACAUAAUGAAUAUAAGCUGAUGAUGUCGUAAUAUAAAGCAGGGAGGCAUUUCAAUAGGAAUUGACAGAAAAUAAGAUUCAACAAAUUUUGUUACGCCUUGACAUAUUAGCUAUCCCACUGUUUUAUUAUUUAUCAUCUUACUCACCUUGAUUUUACUUAAGAAAGAAUCCACACAUUUUAAAUAAGGGCUUGCCAUCUGUGAUAAUAUUUUAAACCAUGUUAACAUUUUAAAUAUUUGUUAAGAGAAUUAUAGUGUGUUCAACUGAAUGCCGUAAUGUAUAGAAUGGGCAUUAUUGACAUUGAAACAGUUGGUGGAGAGUUAAUAAAAUGUUAAAGUAUAUGUGUGGCUGGAUGUAGAGUAAUUGUGUCCAAAAGUGAUGUGUUUUAUGUUAAUGGUAGUGUGUCUGUAUGUGACAUAUGGUAAUACAUGCCUUCGUUUGAUGUGUGCGACAUAUUUUACGAUAUACAUUACGUAAUGUGACAAUAGUAAAGUAUAUGAAGAGAAAUUCUAUGUAUUUACAUGUAUUGAAGCAGUUAAAUUUUACCUUAUCAAAGUUUUUGUUAUAGAAAUUCUUAGCACAUCUAGUGACACAAUGAUAUGUACAGUAUAUAUGUAUAUGGCUUGAUAGAUCUGUUAUUUUUCUAUAAGAAGAGAUGAUACAAUAUGUAGUUAAAACAAAAAAUAAAAAAGUAUUUCUGAUAAAUUGCAUAAUUUGAUUAAAAUAUAACACUUAAAAUUAUUUACCAUUAAAAUGUCUAAGUUGAAAAAAGUAAAAACCCUUUAUUGAAUACAAAAAAAAAGAAAGAAAUUUGAUCAUAAAAAAUCAUGACCAAACCUGUAUAUCUUUGAACUAUUUUUAUUUACUUUUAAUAUUUUUGUGUCACAAAGAAGGAUUUGAGAUUUUACGCAGGACAGCGUGAUAUUGGUGUGCCUUUUGUUUAUUGUAGUGUUUAUUUUAUCAUCCAAUUUGCCUUUUGUUACAAUUCACAUUUUUCCAUUAAUGAAUACAUUGAAAUAAUGUAAAAUGCUAAUACAUGUAUAUCAAUACUUCUAAUUUGCGCUUUAAACUUAGUACAUUACAGUAUACAUUAACAGUAGAGUUUUGAGAACACCGGAUAUGUCUUGAAGUUGGGAUGUGUGCGCUAGUCUUGUCAAAGAUCAUUUUUGCAUAGUACUGGUUAUCAGUUCAUAAAGGUAGAACCAAUAUUGAGAUUGUAAGACAAUACAAUGUAUAUAAACCAGAGAUGUGCUUUGUGUACAACUUGUAUAUGAGACAGGAAUGCUCUUAACUUUGCCAAUUUACACAUCCCGACAGACAUUUAGAUCUGUAACAAAGAUCAUUGCUCAAAUUUGCCUGUCUAAACAUGGGAAUUGUGUAAUAUAAGUUAUACUAGGUAAGUUAUACUAGGGCUUUCUUGGCAGACAUCAUUUGGAAACUGAAGCGUAAGACUGUACUUGUAUUUUUUCUAGCAAUGGUGGCAAAGUUGAUUUAUCCAGAAAUGGUUUUGUUGACCAGUUUCUUGCAUGUGCAUAUUGAGUACUAUAUUGUGCUAUGAAUUAAAAGACCAAUAACUGUAAUAUAAAAAUAAUAAAAUGUUACAAUUUCAUUCUCAGUUGAAACGCAUUUAAAUGGAAAUCAUAUGUGAAACUUGAAAUAGAAUAUUAAUGUUAAAUCUGUUAUAUUGUUUAAACCGUUAAUGGAUUUUCGUGGUAUGGUACUCUCAAUUUAAUACCAGAGUCGGCAGAAAAUUUAACUGCUGUCCUUUAUUCCGUUUUUUUUUCUGAGAUGUUCAUCUUCAUUGGAUAGCUAUGGUUGAUUUCACUACACUAUGCACUAGCGUAGCGUAGUGCAUUCAACCAUGGGUAUCAGACGAUGGAUGUUCAUAUGAGUGUACUGAUCUUAUUUUGCCUGGAUAAGAAAGAUUUCAAAUUUUAAAAUGGAGACUGUGUCAAUGUGCAAAUGUAUCAAGAUGUGGGACAAUGUAUCCCGGUUUGUAAGAUAGUUGAUAUGUGUGAGGAGUUGACUUAAAAGAUAUGAAACUGUUGUCAUGAAUAGAUGAUGAAAGCUUUUAACACUAUAGAGUUCUAUGGAGAAAACAUUCUGUAAGUUACGAAAGUUUGAUAAAAUGUCUACGAAUCAGGAAAAUCAAAAUAACUCAUUCCAUUUGUGUUAAUAUUCGUAUUGAUUCUAAAAUGUCGCCAUAUAUGGUUGAUACUUUGGCGACUGAUUAGGGCUGAUAUUUAUAAAACUAUUUUCCUGAUGAAAUACGUCUUACAUUUUAAAACUGUCUCUGAUUACAAGUUUAAACUAAAUUAUAAUUAGUACCCACAAAAUAUCAAAUGAUAUAGAAUCUUAAAAGGUCUUUUUCCCAUUUAAAGAACAAACAUGAGCUUGAGGACAGUUUUAUGAAUAAAGGCCCAGAUUUUGUGAGUACAUCUUUUUAUGGGUCCAAAGUGUAUAUUAUGUUCUAUUAUGGCAAAGAAAAUGUGAAAAAUAAAUAAGAAUUGUAAUUAAAUGAAGACCUAGAGUAAUGAUUCUACCUGAAUUACUGUAUGUUAAACUAGAGAGAGGAUAUAUGUACUUAACUAGUUUCAAUCUAUGCAAACUUUGUAUGGUUGAAUACACUAAAUCAGUGAAUUUCUUCUAUGUGUUUUAUAGAUAGUGACUACAGUUGAUAUGAUUUUAUAUUUGGUUAUUGGUGUGAUAGUGAUGAUAGGAUUUACUAAUAUGUUAUAACAUUAAUGGUGCUCAACCAGGAGAGAGAGCAAGAUGAUUCCUCUGAAGAAUAUUGAUGUAUUGUUUUAAAAAAACCCAUCAAAAAUAGAUAAUUUAGACUUGGUUUGAGCCAAAGUUAAACAUUUCAGCCAAUACAUGAUAAUGAUUUAUGAUUACCUGGUAACUUAAGAAAAUGUAUGUUGCUUAAAUUACUUAAAUUAAUGUACAAGACUGCACAAAGAAAUAUUAGGAAUCUGGAUCCAAAAAAGACAUUUUGAUGUGUGUAACAGUAGUAACAUUAAUGAAAUAUUACUUUUGUUAAGUUUGUUGUAAACAAUUGAACAGGCAUUAUAGAGAGUGAUACCUAGGUGUGUUUAGUAUGGCUGAGAAACUUUUAUGUUGUGCUUGAUCCCGUGAGUGGAAGACAAAUGAUAUGUGAUCUUUACAAAUGUUUGAAGAUAACUAUGUCCCAAAGUUAAUACUCAGUAGAGAAGAAACCAGGUUAAAAUCACUGCUGAGUAUCAACUUGUAAUGCCUGUUUUUAUACAAUAGAUUCGUCCAAAACAAUUGAUUAUUCUAUUGUUAGGAAUAGGGAUGGAAAGAGAAUUUUCAAAAACAAUUCAUUUUUCUAUUGUUUGGAAUAGAGAUGGAGAGAAUUUUCAAGUAAAAUUUAUGCCAAUAAAAAAAAUCUUAUCUGGUACAAAUGUUUCAGUCUGAUAAAUCCUUCGAGUGUGACACAUAUUAUAAAUUUUUGAGAAUUUUCACAACUUUAUAGUUUUAACUGAAAUUUUAAAGAAACAAUGAUUUUACGUUUGAAUUUUAUUUAAACUAUUUAUUGGCAUAUCUUUUCUUUUUAAGAACAUGUGUAAAAUAUGUUUCAUCAAGAUGCAAGGGAAUUGAUGAAACAUUUUUAUCACAAUCGUGUGUUUUAAAACAAAAUUGCCAGGAACAUCUGGCUAUAAACCUACUGGCCAUUUCACCUUAAACAUUUCUAUUUGUUUGACUAAAAUGGCCAUUACGUUUAUAAGAGUUAUUUCUCUUGCAUUAAAAACUGAAUGAAAACCACAAAUAAAUGUUGUUAAAAGAUAAAUGAUAAUAAUAAGUCUUAUUUGAUCAAAAAGGGAAUUAUGUCUUUUGGAAAUGUUGACAAGAUUAUACAUAUAUAAAAGUACUUGCCAUAAAGAAUAUGGGCUUUUAU